UUUAUUUUUUUAUUCAAAUUUAUCUUACGCUAAGUGUUUUAACAACUUUUUGCACAGAACUAACAGAAAUAUGAUCAUAUCUUCUAAAAUUGACACAGAGCUUGAAGCAAGGUUUCAGAGAAAGAUUGAUAGAUGCAAGAGGAAAAAAGAAUAUAAAGAUCGAGUACAGAAGAGCAACGAUUCGAUAAUUCGUGACAACGAAGAAAAAAUUGGGGAAAAAAGGCAAUGGAAUCACAACUUUUUUCCUAACAAUGAUAUAAAUUUCAAUUUCGCAAGUGAGGAACCUACAGAACCUAAAAAAACAAGAGCUGAAUCACAAUUAGAUGCUGGAAGUGUAAUUGCUAAGUCGGAAGAUUUUGUCCCAAAUAAAAAUGUUAAUUUUCACGAAGCAAGCUCAAAAAGUAGGCAUCAGUUUAGACCAUCAUAUUUCAGAGUAGAAAAGGAUAGAUAACCAGUGAAGGUCUCAUUGCAGCAACAACUUCCACCAGUAUAAGGGCUGGUCUCAGCAUUCAAGAUCAAACCCUUCUUUUUGCAAGCGUAGUAAACUAUUUAGGAGGAGAUGUUAAACAGCUAAAGUUACGCAGAGAAUUUGUCAGAAGACGACGUUACAGAUUUUUAGAAGAGGAAGGAGGCCAGAUACGUAAUGAAUAUAUUAAUUUAAUGGCUAACAAGAUGUUAGUUUUACAUUUUGAUGGUAAAAUUUUAAAGCAUAUUGAGGAGUACACUAGACAGGCAACUACUGCAGAUAGACUAUCAGUAUCUGUUACUAGCCCAGAGUUUGAAACCAAAGAUGAUCUUUUACUCGGUGUUGUGCCAACUCAUAGUGGUAAGGGAAUCGAUAUAGCUAUAAGUAUUAUGAAUCUCCUAAAAUAUUUUGAAAUUUGUGACUAUAUUGUAGGAUUCUGUUCUGACACCACAGUAAGUAACACUGGAUGGAAGUCUGGUGCAAUAACUAUUAUGGCAAGAUUUCUUGGUAAACCAUUUCUUUGGUUAUUGUGUAGACACCAUAUUGCCGAAAUAAAUAUUACUUGGGCUUUAAAGGCAAUUUUAAUGGAAAUGUCUAAAGCCCCUGCGAAUAAGUUACUAAAAGAUUUUCAGCAGAAAUGGAUAACAGAAUUUUUUCCUAAAGUUUUAGCUAGUGGUGCUGUAGAAAAGUUCAAACGAUUUCCUGAGCAAGACCUUUUUGUUGGCAGUGAUCUCUGCAAACUCUAUUUGAAGUCUAAAAAGUUUGUUACUAAAGCACUAGAACAUGAAAUCUUCCCCAGGAAUGAUUACAGGCAUCUUGUUGAAUACUUGGCGUAUUACAUGAAUGUUAAGUCUGAGAAAUUAAAUAAUUUUCACAUCUAUCAGCCUGGCGCCUGUCACAAUGCAAGGUUUAUGGCCUAUGCAAUAUAUUUUCUAAUGCUCGAUAUGACAUCCACAGUCGUUGAAUAUCUGACUCCUGAAAAAAAACAUAUGGUUUCAAGGGUAGCAUUUAUUGUUGUUAUUUAUUAUGGACCUGCCUUUCUUAACUCAGGCAAAUCAGAGCAUGCUGUUCUAAAUGAUUUUAAUGCAUUCAAAAUUGCUGAAACAAUUAAAACAGAAUGGGAUUAUGAAGUUGGAAACUCACUUCAAAAUAGCAUGAGUAACCACACAUGGUAUUUGUCUCCUAAAGUUGUCGUACUAUCGUUAGGUGAUCCUUAUAUGAAAGCAGAUGCUAAGCGUUUAAUCAUUCAGAAACUUUUUAAAUUUCCAAUUCCUAAGUUAUCAGAGAUUUCUGUUACAGCUCCUUCUGCUGUUAACGUUACCAAUGAUAGUCAAUUAGAGGAUUUAAUUACGAAAGAGAGUUGGCUAUUUUUUAUACUUACAGGUCACACCGAAUCUGUUCGAGAGUGGCAUACUUCAAGUGAUUUCUUAGCGCUAGAUUCAUACAAAAAUUUUGCUCAGUUAGUUUGCAAUUUUAGUGUGACCAACGAUUGCGCAGAAAGAAAUAUUAGUUUAAUUGAAAACUUUGUUCACAGUUUCCACAAUGAGGAUCAGAGACAGAGCAUCCUUUUGGUAGUCAGAGAGCACAGAAAGCUUAUAAUAAAAGAUAUGUCGCUUAAGGAACUGGUAAAGCUAAAAUCUAGAGUUGAAAAAUUAUUGUAA